AUGUCGCUCACGGAGAGUGCUACAAAUUUCGAUGAGGACGAUGAGCAGAUCUUCGGACUAUUCGUCAUGUUCAAAAAUCCGCCAAAGCGCUACCAUAAGCACGAAGCGCGAAUGCCUUAUCGAUUUUACCACACGAUGGCUCCUGUAAACGACGAAUCUAUUCUCUUUAUGGAUCAUGUAGUCACCAGGGCGAAAUUGUUCGUUGCCGAGGCACAAGCCAUCUGGGCAGUGGCUUAUUUGGACAAAGCGUUCGCGCUUCCUUCUGUCGUAGAGAGGGAAGAUGAUGCUGCGCAUAUGAUCGCAUGGAAUAAGCGACGCUAUCCCUCGAACGGGGAACUUGGACAUUCUGCUGCUUUCGAUAGCGUUCCGUAUGCAGACAGGCUAUUCGACGAAACCGGCGUCGCAUCACAUCGAAAGAAGGGUUGGCUGGGGAAUAUGUUCGCUCCUAUCGGGCCUGCUGACUUUGGUAAAGUGUGGCAUGAAUAUCUCGCGCGACGGGCCAAGGGUUAG